CUACCUAGUAGUUCCACACAUUCGCUCUUUAAUAAUUAUCAUAAAAAUUAUCGAUGCAAACGUUACAUCACCACCAUUCUCUGCUUACUAAUCCUUACACAUCAACUCAAUCACAGUCCAAUCUCCUUAUCAACCCCGCAAAAGUGCUGAUAAGACUAACCUGCCAUAAGCUUCCAAUUCUCUCUUCCUUUGCCGCUACUUACACUCAAAAUCAAUCCCAUCGCCAUCAUGACAAUCGUUCACAUAGUCCUCUUUGAAUUCAAGCCCAACACCCACAAAGAUCAAAUAGACGAUGUAUGGUUGUCCCUCCCAUCCAGCCUAGCACCAUGAUAUCAAAAUCGUGAAAGAAUAUCAACUAACAGAAUGGAUAUCAAAAGCUAUGCAAACACAUGCUCUCGCUAUCCACUCUCUGUAUUCAUCCAGAGUCCAAAAAGCCAUAUAUUUUAAAUUCUUCUGGCGGAAGGGAUAAUUCACCAGAGGGCCAUCAAGUAGUGUUACACCCUGCCCUUAUAUCCUAACACUACUCAUCCAUUCUUCACACCUUUUCUUCAGCGUGUCUAGUUCUUCUGCAGUCCUAUUUCCAUAUCUGUCUAUUCUCUAUAUCAUACCUUCCUACCUCAGACUUUCUACAAGCAACAUCCAGCUAACACCCCUUUAAGGGCGGCUUCUCCCACGGUUUCGUAUUUCAUUUCGCGUCCACCAGUGAUCGGGAUUACUAUGUGAAUGAAGAUCCAGCACAUCUGGAAUUUGGGAAGAAAGCGGGGGCCAUAGUGCAGAAUGUUAGGGUUGUUGAUUAUGAGAUGGGUGUAUUUUAGAGGUUAGGUGUUUCAAAGUAGGAAUGAGUACAUGAAGUUCAGAGACGAGGAAAAUGAUGGGAAUGGCUUGAUGCGUUAGGGACCGUCGACUAAAAAUUGACCUUAAAAUUGCGGUUGUUAUGCUUAUCAGUGAUGGGGAGGAGAAAUAUGGAGAUCCAUGACUGAGUAGUGCUCAACAAGUCCCAGAUUAGACAGAGAUUGAAAAAAAAACACCUU